GCCAACACCGAGGAUGCUAAAGGGGAUCUUCCGAAGGAUGUAUUGCUGCCGUAGAGCUGACGGGCAGUCUCGGGCUGUUAUGACUGGACCCACUGACUCGAGCCUCUUCCCAUUCCAUCCCCUUCUCAUGGCCUAGUCAAACACGACAGGCCCUCCUCCUCUCACCAACUGCCACCUCGGAUCCGGGUCCCGACACCCUUAAGAGAUCUCGAUCCUACUUUGUAGAUCUGUUCUACUCGCCGCACACAUCAUCAUCCAGCAUGACUGACGAUUUGAACGAGGAACUGAUCUCAAAGACUGAUCAUUCACUCGUGGUUGUUCAGACUCAAGUUGAUGGGCAGAAAAUAGUGGUGAAGCGCUCCUUGCUCGUUACGGACACGACGAGAGAGAGAUGGAAGUCAGAAGUCGAGACCCUCCGAUUGGCAUCUGGUCAUCCCAACGUGAUUGCCCUCCUGGACUAUGACUCGGACCUUCUAUCCUUGUCCUUCAAAUACGAACAUGGCUCGAGUUUAGACCAACUCGUCGAUAGCGAUCAGCAAUGCCAGCUGGACUCUUCCUCAGUGGGCAAUCUAGAGCUGCAAACGGUCGAUGCCCUCGCUUUCCUGCACGAGAGAUCGAUCAUUCACGACGAUAUCAAACCUCAAAACAUUCUCUGGUCCACACAGACACGUAAAGCCACUUUGAUCGAUUUUGGAGCUGCCAUGCUACCUCCCUGGACGUUCACAGCUAGCGGAACUCCCAAUUACGUCUCGCCGGAAUUCUGGAAUCGUCAAAAGGAUCCAAAGAAUGACGUUUGGGCUCUUGGGAUCACACUGCUCUUCGGAUACCGUCAUGUCCCGCUACCAGACGGAGAGUGGAUCUUGCCACAUACCUUUGAACCCGGUCCUGCGAGGGAUGGAUUGCAAAGUUGGUUUAACCAUGUAGCGGAAGUCAGAUCGAGAGCGGCAGAAAACGGUCACGAGGUCGUGGCGUGGAUGCUGGAGCCGGAUAUCGAGGCGAGACCGACCAGCAAGGAGAUCCUUGCAAGGCUGAAGAAGGCAUGAUCCAGCAUCUUGGGACACAUUCAGACCACAGACAUUCGCAGGCACAACUGAGGACGUGCGGAUGUCACCCGACCUGCAUGAGGGCAGUGACUAGUCAGACAUCGAUGAACACCAACC